AAGCAUUGGAUUCCAAAAGACAGCCAACUGGAGUUAAACUUUUGCCUGUAAAUUCCACUUUACUUACAGAAUCAAAUAUCAAUAUCUAGCAAUCUGUGGGGGUUAUCGCAGCCAUGGCGAUUCAAGUUUCAGCACCAUCCUCCCAUGGCGUCGCCCGGGAACCAAAGUAUAGAUAUGAUGUUUUUCUGAGUUUUAGAGGCGAAGAUACUCGCCAUUCAUUCACUGUCAUUCUCUACAAUGCUCUGCACCGUAAGGGGAUCAACGCCUUCAUUGAUGACAAGAAGCUUGGCAAAGGGGAACGGAUCUCACCGACGCUUCUUAAAGCCAUAGAGAAAUCUAGGAUUUCGAUUAUUGUGUUUUCUAUGAACUACGCUACUUCCACAUGGUGUCUGGAGGAACUUGCUCACAUCAUUCGGUGUAAGAAGGAGAAGAACCAGAUGGUUAUGCCAAUAUUUUACAAGGUGGAUCCGAUAGAUAUCCAAUAUCAGAGGAAUAGUUUUGAGAAAGCCAUGGUUGCUCAUGAAGAUAGGUUCAGAAAUGACUUGGAGAAAGUGCAAAGAUGGAGGUCUGCUUUGUCUGAAGCGGCUAGUUUGUCGUCGGCUUGGCUUUUCAAAGAUGGAUAUGAAUUCGGGUUUAUUGAAAGGAUUGUUGAAGAUGCAUAUUCUAGGCUGCCUCCUAAACGAUUCCAUAACAUUGAUUACAUGGUUGGACUUGAGCCUCGUUUAGAAGAAGUGAUGUCACUUCUGGAUGAAAGUGAUCGUAGCGUUUGUAUGUUGGGGAUUCAUGGAACUGGUGGGAUUGGCAAAACAACCCUUGCCAAAGCUUUGUAUAAUACAAUCUUCUACCAAUUUGAAGGUGCAUGUUUUUUGUUUGAUGUUAGAGAAGCAUCAAUGAAACAUCAUGGCAAUGAGGGCAUUGUUCGUCUUCAACAGACGCUUUUAUCAGAGAUUCUUGGGGAAAAGAGGAUAAAGUUUAGCAGUGUUGAUGAAGGAAUAUCUAUACUAAGACACAGACUCUCACACAAAAAAGUUUUGUUGGUUCUUGAUGAUGUCGAUCAACCUGAUCGGCUAGAGCAACUUGCAGGAGGGUGUGAUUGGUUUGGUUGUGGAAGCAAGGUGAUCAUAACAACAAGAAAUAAGCAAUUGCUAAUUGCACGUAAUGUUGAAAAGACAUAUGAAAUGAUGGGGCUAAAUGAUCAUGACUCACUUGAACUCUUUUGUUGGCAUGCCUUCAAGUUGAGCCAACCUCCAAAAGGAUAUCAAGAUAUGUCAAAUUGUGCGAGCAGAUAUGCACAAGGCCUUCCUCUGGCUUUAAAAUUAAUAGGCUCCAAUUUGGCACAUAGAAACUUAGAAGAAUGGAAGUCUACAUUGGAACAAUAUGAGAAGAUCCCAGAAAGGACAACUCAUGAGAUCCUAAAGAUGAGCUAUGAUUGCUUACCAGAUAAUGCUAAGCGUAUUUUCCUAGAUAUUGCUUGUUUCUUCAAGGCAAAGACAUUUGUAUACAUCGAAGACAUGGUAGAAGCUUGUGAUUUUGGAAGGUUUUAUUUUGAGGUGCUUGUUGAAAAAUCUCUUAUAACUAUUUCUGAUAAUGGUAAGUUGGGCAUGCAUGAUCUAAUACAACAAAUGGGUAGAGAGAUUGUUAGGCAAGAGGCACCAUCAAAUCCUGAUAAACGCAGUAGAAUAUGGUACUAUAAAGAUGUUCUUAAAUUGCUUCGUGACAAUUUAGGAAACAGUAACAUUGAAGGAAUAAUGCUUGACCCCCCUCAACAAGAAGAAGUGACUUGGAGUGGUAUAGCCUUCGAGAAGAUGAAUAAUCUUAGAAUUCUUGUGAUUCGGAAUACACAAUUUUCAACGAACCCUAAAUAUUUACCGAAUAGUUUAAGAUUGCUUGAUUGGGAGGGAUAUCCUUCUGCAAAUUUACCAUCAGAUUUUUCUCCCAAGAAACUAACUUCCUUGAGGUUAUGCAAUAGCAUAUUCAGACUGGAAGAGCCAUUCAAGAGGUCUGAAUUCGUGACGCACAUGAACGUUUCACAUUGCCAAUUCAUAACUGAGGUGCCUGAUAUGUCUCAAUUCCCAAAUUUAAAAAGCUUGUUGUUUAGAGAGUGUUGCAACUUGAUCAAGAUGCACCAUUCAGUGGGAUCUCUCUCUAAGCUGGUCCACUUGGAUGUUAGUGACUGCACCAAACUUACAAGCUUUCCACAUGAAAUCAACCUGCCAUCUCUUGAAGAUAUUAAUCUUAGCCGUUGUAAGGGUCUUGACUAUUUCCCGCAUAUAGUGGGAAAGAUGGAUGCCUUAACCGAUAUUUGGGCUGAAGACACUUCUAUUAAGGAGCUCCCACAUUCCAUUGGAAAUCUUACUGAGCUCGAAUGUUUAAAUUUAAGCUCUUGCAAAAGUCUCAGGGAGCUUCCAAACAGCUUAUUCACAUUGCAAAAUCUCAAGUGGCUUGAGUUGAGAGACAGUCACACUCCUAGCAGAAAAUCUUUGAUGAAAUUAACGCAAGAGAGCCUCCUAAUUAUUAGCUGUGCAAACAUCAAGUUCUUGAAUCUUGAAAACUGUUGUCUAUUGGAUGAAGAUCUUGCCUUAGUUCUGAACUUUUUUCGGGAUUUGCGAGAGUUAACUCUAUCAGGCAAUGAUUUUGUGUCCCUUCCUGAGUGCAUCAAUGAGUGUGUUGAAUUGUUGAAACUGGAAAUGGAUAACUGCAAGAAGCUAAGAGACAUACCGAAGUUGCCAUCAAAGCUAAGAGACAUAAAGGCAGAGUUUUGCACAUCAUUAACUGCCAAAUCAGUUGGUCAUUUAUGGUCUCAGGUCAAGAAUGAAACCAAUCUCUUCAGAAUAUGUAUGCCAGCAACAACAUUUCCUGAUUGGCUUGACGAUUGUUGUAAAGGAGGAGCAUUGUCUUUUCGUGCUCGUGGGAAUUUCCCUCGUGCAGCCCUUGCAUGUGAGUUGGGGAAAGCAAACGCGAGCGGGAGACACUUCUUCCAUGUUUCUAAGAUUUAA